CCGCCGACGUUUCGUCGUCCUCGUAAAUUCCGAGGAAAAAAAAUCCAAAAUUCACACGUCAAAUGGAGUGAAAUUUUCCGAACGAACGGUAGUCGCCGAGUCGAUGAUACGUCGUAUCGGAUUCACCGCUAUUCGGAUUCGAUAAGACAGAGAAAUAAAAAUAAUAAGAAAAAUGUGCGACAAACGGUUGUGCUCGUGUCGAAAAAAAUCGGCGGCAAUGGCCGUCGAUCCGGCAACCCUCGAGAAAUUGGAGGAGGGUUACGAUUUGCUAAGUACGAGCAACAGCCCGUCGCUUCUAAAGAAAUACCUGACGCGCGAAAUCUUUGAUCAGCUUAAGAAAAGAAAAACAAGUUACGGAUCGACCCUCCUGCACGUAAUUCAGUCCGGACUUAAGAAUUUGGAUUCCGGAGUCGGAAUCUACGCGCCUGAUCCCGAGGCCUAUACUUUGUUCGCCGAAUUGUUCGAUCCAAUAAUCGAAGAUUAUCACGGAGGCUUCACUUCCAAGGACAUUCAUCCCCUGCCGGACUGGGGGAGUCCCGCUGACAUGGGAAACUUGGAUCCUUCGGGAGAGUACGUCAUAUCGACCAGGGUGCGCACCGGGCGAUCACUCGCCGACUUUCCUUUCAACCCCAGUAUGACCGAGAGCCAGUACGAAGAGAUUCAGACACAGGUAGUGGAAGCGUUCGGCAAAUUGGAGGGGGAGUUGAAGGGACAGUAUUAUCCGUUGACGGGGAUGCAGAAGGAUGUACAGAAAAAGCUGAUCGACGAUCAUUUCCUCUUCAAGGAAGGCGAUCGAUUCCUUCAGGCGGCCGAAGCCUGUAAAUACUGGCCAACGGGUAGAGGGAUAUACUUGAACGACGCGAAGACGUUCUUAGUCUGGUGUAACGAGGAGGAUCAUCUUCGCAUAAUAUCGAUGCAAGAGGGUGGAGAUUUGGGCGAGGUCUACGAGCGACUGGUUAGGGCUGUCACGUCGCUGGAGCGAAAAUUGACGUUCAGUAGAAACGAGAGAAUCGGCUACCUUAAUUUUUGCCCAACGAAUCUCGGUAACGCCGUGCGCGCCUCGGUGCACGCGAAGCUGCCAAAAUUGUCGGCGAAUUUGAAAAAGUUCGAGGAAAUCGCGGGGAUGUACAACCUCCAAGUCAGAGGUACCAGAGGCGAACACGAAGAGGGAGAAGGCGGAGUUUUUGAUAUAAGCAACAAGCGGAGGAUGGGAUUGACGGAGUACGAAGCUUUGAUAGAAAUGAGGAACGGCGUCCUGGAAAUGAUCAGACUCGAGAAAGAAAGCUGAUCUUAUACGGGAUAUCGCACGGCGCACUCAUCUCCAGGGAUUUCAUAUUCCAGACCUGCCGCUAAUAUAUAUCGACCGUAUAUUAUUCCUACUCACGCUCCUCUCUCAUGAAUCAAGACGAAGAACGCCUUCUCCGAACUUCUUUCUUCAUUUCUUCAUUUGUCGCGUGGGGGGGGGAGGUUCAACGAUCGUCCGAUGAUCUUUAAGAGCCGCCAAAAUUACUCGGCAAAAAAAAUUGAGCAAAAAUUGAAAUCAAAAAAAGUCGUACACUCCAUGGCAUUCGGUGAACGUUAGCGCACGUCGCUCGCUAUUCUAAUACUCAACUUCUGAAAUGUGCACGAUAUUUAAUCAUGUAAAUGUCGCUCAAUUCUUGAAACCUCAACGGAAUCGGUUCGUUCCGAAGGAAUAACCCCGUACGGUGACGUACAAUGACAAAAGUAUCGAAAUACUCGAGAACGUUCUCGUGUACCGAAUUACCUAUAGCAACGAGUAAAACGAUUUUCUUGAAUAGAGACUUGAUAUAAUUGACUGUAGCAAGCUGGGACGUUGUUCGUUCCCAACUUUGAAUGUAAUUUCCGAAGCGGGGUUUUCAACGACGUGUCUACGCGGAGUAAUGAUAAAUUUAAGUAGCGCGGGUUUCUUAUACACGUAGUGGAAAAGAAGGAAAGAAAAAAAGAAAAAACAGAAAAAAAUGGAAAAAAAUGGAAAAAAAUGGAUUCGUUUGAGGGAACGAUAUUACCGGUUGGUGUUCGUUCAUUUUUCUUAGUGAUAUUUCAAAGUUUAGUUCGAAAAAUAAAAGAGGGAAUGGAAAAAUAAAAAAAAAAAAAAAAGGUCGCCCUGCAGUCGACGUCCCGGAUAUAAAAGUAAAACUUUACUUGUCAAAUAAGGUUCUCAUAUACGAAGUUAUCGGUGUUUUAGAGUCAUGAUAAUUGGCAAGAAUUGUCGGAGUAGUAUUUAACCAUUUCCAUGGGAAUUUUUUUUUUACUCCCUCCCUCCCUCCCUUUUCUUUUCUUUUU